CAACUCUUUUUUCCGUAUUCUCCCAACCCCAUUACCAUUUCAUUCCUUCUUCCUCGAGGUCGACGAAUCUGUUUUCCAAUCCCCGAUUCACUCCCUCUCUGCAACUCAAUUAACGCAGAUAAUCAAAGAAAAGGGUAAAAACCAGACAGUCUUGGUUUUCGAGAUUAUCCCUAGAUCGCGUAGCGUAGUUAUUCCUCUUCCUCCUCGCAGACCGGAAAUGAAUCCUCCAGGCCAAGACGCUGACCACCCUCAACUCCCCACCAUCAAGAUCCACCACCCACCCUCCCCUCGCCACCCCCAUCACACCUCCACACCUUCCACCGCUGCUACUCCGACUCCCACCGCCGGCGCCCGCCGCAAGAUCGGCGUCGCCGUCGACCUUUCUGACGAGAGUGCCUUUGCCGUCCGCUGGGCCGUUCACGAUUACCUUCGCCCUGGUGAUGCUGUUAUCAUCAUCCAUGUCUCCCCUACCUCCGUCCUGUUCGGGGCCGACUGGGGUCCUCUUCCUCUCCAUCACAACCAGCCCCCUGAGUCCUCGCCGGGAAAGCAGCAGCAGCCAAGCCAGCAGCAGAUGGAAGAGGACUUUGACACUUUCACAGCGGCUAAGGUGGCUGAUCUCGCGAAGCCGUUGAGGGACGCUCAGAUUCCCUACAAGGUCCACAUAGUGAAGGACCACGACAUGAGGGAGAGGCUCUGUCUCGAGAUCGAGCGCCUCGGUCUCAGCGCCGUCAUCAUGGGCAGCAGAGGGUACGGCGCCGAGCGUAGGGGUAGCGAUGGCAGGCUUGGAAGCGUCAGUGAUUACUGCGUUCAUCAUUGCGUCUGCCCAGUUGUUGUUGUUAGAUACCCUGACGAGAAAGAUGUUCCUGCUGGUAAUGGCGGUCCCACGGAGCCCAUUGUCACCGUCAAGAAGGCGAAUGUGGAAGACGACGAUGAGGCUAAAGGGAUCCUGAAUAUCGCGAGCAAAGUUGUAGAUGGCGUUGCUUAUCGUUGUGGUUGUUAGCUUAUCAUGAAUUGUUCCGCUAUUCCUUUCUUCCAAGUGAAUAUUUUCAAUGAAGUACGUUGUGUUCUGGAUGAUAGAUUUGUUGGAAUAC